AAGUCAAUAUAAGCAGAAUUCUGCCUUCCCUUGUCACUGCAUGCCCUCCCACCAGCUCUCUCUUUCUUUCUUAAAUACACACGACAGAACAAUUUCCACACUUCAACACUCCAUGGAACCUAAUGUGGGUACCUCUCAACUGAUCAACUUCAACUCAUCAGACACACAUACCGAUACGAAAAUCAAGAUUCACUCAGUGGAGGUGGAAACCAGCACUAGCCCAACAUUGCCGGAGUACCAUGGAGUAAUGGUAGAUCACGAGGACGUUAGAGUUGAACCUCUGUUGAACGACAAUGGAGGCAUUUCUGUGACAUGGGAGGAUUUAUGGGUCACGGUUUCAGAUAUAAAAGGUAGACGGAGACCCAUCGUCCAAGGCCUUACGGGUUACGCACAGCCCGGUGAGGUCUUGGCCAUAAUGGGCCCUUCGGGCUGUGGCAAGACUACCCUACUCGACGCCUUAGCAGGUACAUUGGGAGCCAACACUAGACACAGUAGUGAUAUUCUAAUUAAUGGUCGCAAACAGGCUCUGGCUUAUGGAACAUCGGCUUAUGUGACUCAAGAUGAAACCUUGCUUGCAACGUUAACGGUCAUAGAAGCCGUUUACUACUCCGCUCAAUUUCAGCUACCGAACUCCAUGUCCAAAUCCGAGAAAAAGGAGAGAGCAGAAAUCACGAUACGAGAAAUGGGAUUGCACGAUUGUAUGAACACAAGAAUUGGAGGCUGGGGCACCAAAGGCCUCAGCGGGGGCCAAAGGAGGCGGGUGAGCAUUUGCAUUGAGAUCCUGACACGCCCAAAGCUUCUUUUCCUCGAUGAGCCAAUGAGCGGGCUAGAUGGUGCAGCUUCCUACUAUGUCAUGAGUAGAAUCACCCAACUAGAGCAAAGAGAGGGGAGGACUAUCAUCGCGGCCAUCCAUCAACCGAGCAGUGAAGUGUUCGAACUGUUCGACAACCUUUGUCUCUUGUCUUUGGGUAGAGUGGUGUACUUUGGCCCUGCUAGCACAACAAAUGAGUUUUUCACAUCAAAGGGCUUCAUUUACCCGACUCUUCGGAAUCCAGCUGAUCAAUUCCUUAGAAUGAUAAACACAGAUUUUGACGAGGACAUAGAGCACGGAUCUAAUGGAAAGGUAGCGAAAGAGGAAGUGAUCGACAUUCUCGUAACAUCCUAUAACUCAUCUGAUAGCCAUCAAAGAGUUAAAAGACAAGUUUCUGACAUAUGCAGAAAGGGAGGUGGAUCACUUGAGACGAGCACAAGCCAUGCUAGCUUCUUUACUCAAUGCCUUGUUCUCACCAAAAGGUCUUCUGUCAACAUGUCUCGCGAUGUUGGUUAUUACUGGCUGCGCCUAGCAAUGUAUAUCGCUUUGGCUGUCAGUUUGGGAACUCUUUAUUAUGAUGUUGGCACGAGUUACAGUUCAAUCCAACCCAGAGGUGCACUCCUCAUGUUUAUAGCUUCAUUCCUUACUUUCAUGGCAAUUGGUGACUUCCCCUCGUUUGUGGAAGAUAUGAAGGUUUUUGAAGUGGAAAGACUAAAUGGUCACUAUGGCACCACUGCAUUUAUCAUAGGCAACACACUCUCUUCUGUGCCAUAUUUGCUCCUGAUCUCACUAAUUUCCGGAGCACUAGCCUAUUACCUAACCGGACUCCAAAAAGGAUUUGAACACUUUGUGUACUUCGAUUUGGUGUUAUUCACCUGCAUGAUGCUGGUCGAGAGCCUAAUGAUGACCGUUGCGAGCAUCGUGCCAAACUUCCUCAUGGGCAUAAUCGCUGGUGGAGGAAUUCAAGGGUUAAUGAUGUUAGGAUCCGGGUUCUUUCGGUUGCCAAAUGAUCUCCCCAAGCUGUUGUGGAAAUACCCUGUGCACUACAUCGCGUUCCAGAAGUACGCAUAUCAGGGACUGUACAAGAACGAUUUUGAAGGAUUGUAUUUUUCUAGUGACCAAACAGGGGGAUUGGAUGUGAUGAUCAGCGGUGAAGAAAUUUUGAGAGAUGAAUUUCAAGUGGAAAUGGGGUAUUCCAAGUGGGAUGAUCUUGGGAUAUUGUUGGGAAUGGUGGUGGUUUACCGGGUCCUGUUUUUGGUUAUAAUCAAGAGUGUUGAAAAAGUGAAGCCUGUCAUUAGCAAUUGCUACUGCAGUUCACAUGAGUUGAUCUUUUUUUUUCCCCUGGUAAAUCACAUGAGUUAAUCUUUUGUCCAUAAUCAUUAAUCUCCGUGUCUUUCCCGGACGAAGGAAGACAAUGGUGGAGGCGGUCCAAUGAUUAAUCAUAUCGAUACGUUUGUCGGCCUCGCUGCUAUGAGUGUUUGGGUUUUAAUCAGUGUGAGUUUACGUUUGCGAGUAGGAGUAGGAAUGGGAUGACUCAUUCUUUGGCAAGGAGAGAUAAUAGUGGUCCAGGUGUCUGUACCUGGGAAGGCCACUCUGCUACUUCUAGGUGAUUCUCUUGUGUACCUGUGUUUCUUAUUACCAUUCGAACACUUCCUGUACUUUAAUUCA